GCAUGGAGUAGGCGAUAUCCCAAAACCAGUUCGCUAGGACAGAGAGAAACAUGAUGAAACAUGAUAGUCAAAAUCUACUAAUGUUGGUUAGCUAGCCAGUUAGUCGUUGAAUUAGUAGCACUGGGAAUCCUGUGUUAACUAAUUUAGAGCGAGUCGAUCAAUCACUUGCUUCUACUUUUGACUGUUGUCAUUUACAGCUGACCGAUGGUUAGCUGUAAGGAGGAUCCUCAUGCUGAUUCAGAGGACACACAGAAUCCGUCGCGGCAUCACCUCUUGUUUUCUCCCUCCUUUGGUCCGUCUAUUUCACAGCAGCAGCAGCACUAUGGCCAAGAGCAAGUUUGAGUAUGUCCGCAACUUUGAAACAGACGACACAUGUCUCCGAAACUGCUACAUUGUUGUGCGACUGGAUGGACGCAACUUUCACAAGUUCGCAGAGAAGCAUAAAUUUACAAAGCCCAAUGACAACAGGGCCUUGGGCCUGAUGACACGGAGCGCUCACUCUGUCAUGGAGGAACUAGAGGACAUUAUCAUUGCGUAUGGACAGAGUGAUGAGUUCAGUUUUGUUUUCAAGAGGACCUCCAACUGGUUCAAGAGGAGAGCCAGUAAGCUCAUGACGCAUGUGGCCUCCCAGUUCUCCUCCUCUUAUGUGUUUUACUGGAAGGAGUUUUUUGGGGAGGAGCCCCUCCUGUACCCCCCUGGCUUUGAUGGGCGGGUGGUCCUGUAUCCUAGCAACCGCAACCUCAGAGACUACCUGAGCUGGAGGCAAGCAGACUGUCAUGUAAAUAACUUGUACAACACAGUGUUUUGGACGUUAGUACAAAAAGGAGGACUCACCACAGCCCAGGCAGAGGACCGCUUAAAGGGAACGUUAGCUGCAGACAAAAAUGAGAUCCUGUUCUCUGAGUUUGACAUCAACUACAACAAUGAAUCCGCCCUCCACAGGAAAGGCACCACUCUUAUCUGGGAGAAGCAAGAUGAAACUGUGACCAAACGAGUGAAGCUUCCAAACGAAGAGGAGAAGGAGGUGCAUGUGACGCGCAGCAGGAAGAGGGUGCGUGCGCUCCACUGUGACAUUAUAGGAGAGCAGUUCUGGGAGGACCACCCAGACAUUCUGGAGGACGACAAUUAAUGCUGAGCACCGAUUGGUUGAAGUUGGACCCACAGACGCAGUGACUCUAACUGAACAGACAGCUUGAUACAGACUGAUGCAGACAGAUGACCGUGUUACCCAUGAAGCUUGUUACCCUUGAUUGUCAAGGACUCAAGUUUUAUAAUGCUGAUUGAUGUUUUACAAGAGGUUUCUCACAGCUGGAACAUUCAUUCAUUUCAUGUACUGUCUCAAUAUUAGUAGUUUGGAUAUCUAAGAGCAAUUUUUUUUACCUGUAUUUAGCCUGGUUGAACAUUAUCACUGACAUGUAAAAACUCUUUUUCAAUACA